AUGGACGAUCAGGCAUUUAAAGCUCUCGAACAUGAAAUACGAGAAUUUUAUGAAUACUUAGGCAUGAAAGUCCACCAGCGAACGAUUCCGCUAUACCUGGUGAACGAGCAAGAGAUGAAGGAAUCCAAAGCAAGAGAUGGAAAGAAUGGGCAUCAUCGACUGGACGGGACAUAUGGAAGGACAACGUCGUACGUUCACACUAUGUACACCAAUGUGGAAGGUAGACGACAUACGCUGGUCGCCCACUCAAGAGUUGUAUCCAUAAGAGUGUUGUAUGGUCUCCCGAGGUUGUUCACAGGGCAAAUCCUCACUCAUGAGAUGAUGCAUGCAUGGCACGUACUUGAAAUUGACGGUUAUCACAAUUUGAGUCUUGAGGUCAAAGAAGGCCUUUGUGAAGUUUUGGCUCACACGUGGUUGGGUUCUCAAAUCCGGUCCAUGUCUAAGAGCAAAGCUGCACCGUCUCCACUGUUCAACUUUGAGAAAAGGCUUGCCAAGUUUCUUCGGCAUGGAAUCGAAUCAAGAACCGAUCAUCCUUACGGCACUGGGUUUCAAUUAGUGAAAAGGGCGACGGACAUGUACGGCCUUAAAGGCACGCUCGAUUACAUCCGUAUGACAGGAGUCUUUCCUAGCUGA